AAAAUAUAUCUAUUGUACUCUUAUUUGUUAUUCCAGGCUACAGCAAUUUUCCAAGCCAAACAAAAACUGCAGUCGAUCAGUCGUGCCAACAAAAAACCUGUUUCGUCUGAAGAUCUGAUCAAAUUUGCCCACAGAAUAAGUGCUUCAAACGCGGUGUGUGCACCUCUCACGUGGCAGCCUGGAGAUCCGAGGAGACCGUAUCCCACAGAUAUUGAAAUGCGUAUGGGAUUUCUUGGAAGAUUUGGCGAUUUGCCCCUGAACGGUCACAUGGUGGCUCAGCAGGGCAGCCUAUCUGACAUCCAUCGUACGGGACAUCCACCAGAACCUCCAGCUUCUCAACAGAACCAGUUCGCUUGGCAUCUGUCGGGUGAGAUGCACAUGACCGUGCCAGGCCAGGGCUCCAUAGCCAUGGACACCCGCAAUCACAAAGACGCCGAAGACGUGGAGGUCAUGUCCACCGACUCCAGCAGCAGUUCUUCCAGUGAUUCUCAGUAGUAAAUAAGAAAUAACGUUAUUUCAAGGAUAUAGGCUGAACAACAUAUGAAUAACAAUUGAGUUUUUGUUUUCGGAACAGAAAAGAUACAUUAAACUCUAUAGUCUAGGCAAUGAAUACUCUAAAAAAGUUAUAGAAAGUUUGGAAGACAAUUUUUGACCCCGCAGUUCUGUUAAGGGUAGUAAGGAGGUUAACAUAAAUACCAGAAUUGCAGACUUGAAAGGCUUGAAAGUCAACCGUCUUAAAAAUAGAAAAGUGGCUUGGAAUUGAGGCUUAAAAGUCCUCACCCCUACCCUGUGUGAAGAAGGGCAAUUUAAACUUUCUUGAAGGUACAAUUUUCUGGU